AUGUUCUAUUCAGAAACCCUUCUGUCAAAGACGGGUCCGCUCGCCCGUGUCUGGUUGGCCGCCAACAUUGAGCGCAAAUUGACAAAGAACAACAUCCUCCAGUCCGACAUUGGAAGCAGUGUCCACACCAUCAUCAAGAAUGACCAAGCUCCUAUUGCUCUGCGCCUGAGUGGCCAGCUUUUGCUCGGUGUCGUUCGUAUCUACAGUAGAAAGGCUCGCUAUUUGCUAGACGACUGCAAUGAGGCCCUCAUGAAGAUCAAGCUCGCCUUCCGUCCUGGAAAUGUCGACCUUCCCUCUAACCAAUCACACGUCGCAAAUCCUGCAGCACUCGUGCUUCCCGACACAAUCACUGAGCUGGACCUUUUCGCACCAAUGCCUGAUCUCGACGAGCUGCUACUCGACAGCACUCCUGGUCCUGGUCAAGACCCUACUCUUCUGGAUUGGGGUACCAGCCAACUUCUGCCCGAGAGCAUGAAUAGUCGUGGAGAUGCCAGUCAGACUCUUCAACUCGAGGACGAUGAUCUCGGUCUUGAUAUUGGCGACAUUACCGAAGGUGCCGCCGGCGGAGAUACCAGCAUCGAAAUCGGUCGACGCGCCGAGACUCCCCGCCCGGAAAUGAACGACCAAAGUAUGCUUUACAACGAUGACCUUGAUCUGGACAUUGGUGGUCCCGAAGACACUAUUGGGAAAGACAUUUCAAUGGCUCCUCUCCCUAUGGAUGACGAUAUUGAGAUGGGCAAUCUUGAUCUUCAGAUCGAGGAGAGCAACCUCGACGCUCUGAACCGUGCAGAUGAGCGCCGUGAGCGUGAUAGUGUCUCGCCACUCUCGUCUGUUCGCUCUAGCAUCGAGCGCGAUCUUGAGCAGACCUUCCAGCUUGAACACCAACCUACUGAGCUCGAGCAAGACGAGACCAUGAUCCAGGCACAGCAACGCGCCAAGCGCCGCAAGGUUCUUCCUGCUGAUCUCACCACUGAACUACAAAACUCACAAAUCCGCGCUCUACAAGAGGACCGCAGCAAGAUUCUCAAGGCCCCCACUUUCCUCCCCAGAGAUCCGGUCCUUCUGGCACUCAUGGAAAUGCAAAAGAACGGUGGUUUUGUGUCUAACAUUCUGGGUGACGGUCGUAGCAUGGGCUGGGCUCCUGAGCUGAGGGGUGUGUUGUCUCUCGAGGUCGUUCGCACAGCUGGUGAGCUUAAGCGUAAGAGAGAUAGUGGUCUUCCACAGAUUGAGAUUCCUGAGGAGGAGGAAGAGACUCACCCUCUCGGAGCAGCCACAUCGCCCGCGCUUGAAGAUCUCCAAGACCCUACGCUUGGUGCUGACGACCUCGCUCCCGCUUUUGGCGGCGACGAUGUUCCUUCUAUCAUCGAGCCCGCUCAAGAGGAGGAGAUGGAAGCUUAUUCACCAGCACCUGCUUUCGACGAGACUACUAUGCCUGUUCUGCACCCUGCCGACUCUGGACCCGUUUCUCUUGGUACCAAGCACGCUGUGCAUCUCUUGCGUGAGCGCUUCUCAGACGAAUCUGGCGAGCCGCCAUCACCCACAACUCGCGCCCAGCGUAGCGUCCUUUUCACCGACUUCUGCCCUGAAGCUCGUACCAGCAAGCAAGAUGCAACCAAGAUGUUCUUCGAAGUGCUUGUUCUUGGUACAAAGGAUGCCAUCAAGGUCGAGCAAAGUUCAGACGAGUUGGGCGCUCCACUUCGCAUCCGUGGCAAGAGAGGUCUCUGGGGUGAUUGGGCCGAAAUGGGAGCUGGCGGCGAGAUUGCGAGCCAGCGACCCGAGGUUCCCGUCACCAUCUAA